AUGAGUCUUACCUCUGGGGAGAGGGGUCAGAGGGCAGCACAGGGCACAAAGACAAAAGUGAAAGUGCAGAAGGUUAGGGACAAACGGCUGAUGGGGGCGGAGCUUACGGCUGCAGCGCGAUGGCGUUGGAGGCCCAAAUACCGCUCCAUUGACUGUGACGUGGCCCAAUGUCCAAACAGUCACCUGGUUCCUCCGGACACUAAAGGUCCUUCUCAUCCAAGCCAUAAAACCCAGUGGAGAUACGGCUCUUGGACACAGUGCAGUGCCAGCUGUGGAAAAGGGAGUCGAAUGCGAUAUGUGAGUUGUCGGGACAAUCAAGGAGGCGUAGCCGAGGAGCAGGCCUGUGCCCAUCUCCCAAAGCCCCCGGCCAGAGAAGUGUGCUCCGUUGUGUCCUAUGCACUCAUUGUGUCAGGAGAGAAAGUGUGCAGUAAAGUGUGGGCUCAGAGUGAGAGCAGCUGA